GCAUUACAUUAAGGCUCAUAUAUAUUUGGUAUGCUAGCCAAUUCUCCCCAGGGUCUCCACUCUCUCAACCAAGAAAAGAAAAGAAAAGAAAAAGAGGAUGAAACCUUGGGGAGUCGUAUUUUUGUGGCUGAUUGCAAGUGCUUUGGUUUUUGUUUCCAAAUGUAGCAUCAGCUCUUCUUCUCAUGUUCCUCUAAUGUUUCUCCCGGGAAGUCUACCCAUAAGAGAAUUGAGUGCUUCAUCUUUCAAUCAACAACAUCAAUACCGCAAAAUUCAGGUUGUUAGAGAGGACAGAAAUAGAAAAGAAAAAGGUGGCUCAAAGGCAACAGACUUUUCUAGAGGUGAAGAGGAUUCAAAGGAGGAGGAUUCAGAGGAAUACCACACAGAUUAUCAUGGAGUGUCGACUCAUCCAACUCCAACCCCCAAGCAUCCCAAACCAUAGCCCACUAUUUUAAAAUCAGCCAGAAAACAAGAACUCAGAUACAGAAAAGUAAUCCUAAACCCUAAACUUAAAUACAGAAAAGUAAGAACUCAUAUGUAGAAAAGUAUAUCUUUCUGUAUUUGAGUAUAGGGUGUAGGGUUACUUUCUGUAUCUAAGUUCUUGUUCUCUAGUUAUGUAUGCCUAUACAGACAUGCCUAUACAUAUCCAGCAUUAUUAGUCAAGUAGCUAAUAGAUACAGAUAUAUAACAAUGUAUUCUUACGUCAUAUAUAACCUAGUGGCGAUUUCAUUACUAUAAUAAGUUUACUAAAAUAAACUGGAAUGGUAUGGCCAAUCCAAUCUCAAUUA